UCCUUCAAAUACUGGAAGGCCACAAUGAGGUCUCCCCGGAGCCUUCUGUUCUCCAAGCUAAACAAGCCCAGUUCCCUCAACCUUUCCUCACAGGAGAGGUGCUCCAGCCCUCUGAUCAUCUUAGAAGAAGAGACAUCAAAGCUUGCUUCUGGAAAGAGACCAGCUUUCUUAACAACCAACAAACUGAGGUUGGAGUGUUGCUUGAUGUCAAGAAAUCAGAUGCAAGCAUCUGCGUCCGAGGAAGCUGUCCAUUAUCAUAGAAUGGCCUGGGUUAAGAAGACCACAAUGGUCAUCUGGUUUCAACCCCCCUGCUAUGUGCAGGGUCGCCAACCACCAGACCAGGCUGCUCACAGCCACAUCCAGCCCGGCCUUGAAUGCCUCCAGGGAUGGGGCAUCCACAACCUCCUCAGGCAAGCUGUUGCAGUGUGUCACCACCCUCUGUGUGAAAAACUUCUUCCCAGUAUCCAACCUAAACCUCCCCUGUCUCAGUUUAAAACCAUUCCCCCUUGUUGUAUCACUACCCACCCUUGUAAACAGCCACUCCCCUUCCUGUUAAUACGCUUCCUUCAAGUACUGGGAGGCCACAAUGAGGUCUCCCCGGAGCCUUCUCUUCUCCAAGCUAAACAAGCCCAGUUCCCUCAACCUUUCCUCAUAGGAGAGCUCCCAGGAUACACAACCCUGCUUCCACCUUCUAUGCAUUUCCCCCUUUUCUCUCAGUUUCAGCUGCAGGUCCUUGCACUGCCACGACGGUCACCUGCCUCCCCUGCUGAACUUCUUCUGCGGGGGGAUGGAGAGCCGUUGCACUCUCAGAAGGGUGUCCUUAAAGAGCUGCCAGCUCUGUUCUGUACCCAUGCCCUUAAGGACAGUUUCCCAGGGGAUCCCACUCAGCAGUUCCUUGAGCGGCGGAAGUUUGCUCUCCUAAAGCAUAGGGUCCUAGCUCUGCUUUUAGCCAGGCCUGCAUUCUUCAAGAUCACCAACUCCACCAAGGCAUGGUCACUACAGCCCAGGCUGCCUCCAAUCUUAGUGUCUCUAAUGCUUUCCUCUUCAUUACUGAGCACCAGGUCCAGCAAGGCUUCACCUCAGUUCGGUCCAUCUAUUACCUGGACCAGGAAGUUGUCCUGAACAGACUCCAGGAAUCUCCUGGAUGGUCGGCCACCUGCCAGGCCACUAUCCCAGCAGAUAUCCGGGUGGCUGAAAUCCCCCAUCAGGACAGGAGCCCGCGAGCGCGACACCUCCUGCAGCUGAAGCAAGAAGGCCUGGUCCACAGCCUCCUCUUGAUCGGGUGGCCUGUAGCACACCCCAGCCACUAGAUGCCCUUUGCUGGACUGAUCCUUGAUUUUCACCCACAAACUCUCGACCUGAUCAUGGCUGUUCCUCAGACACAGCUCUUCACAAUCUAUCCACUUCCUAACAUAGGGGGCAAUGCCGCCACCCCUCCUACCCUGUCUAUCCCUUCUGAAUAGCCUGUAGUCCUCAGUCAGGGUAUUCCAAUUGUGCGAUUCAUCCCACCAUGUUUCCGUGAUAGCAAUCUCAAACUGCAAUUUCUGUCAUAGCAAAACAAUUAAAAAAAUGACUUUUGGAGUAACCUCUUUAAUUAACCUAAAAUGUCUAUGAAAAUGAAUUCAGGUUUUGGAGGAGCACUUCACAUACUAAUACAAAUCACCACUAAAUAGAUAGAAAACAGCUUGAUGUAAGCACUGAUGCUAGAACGACUCUAUUCUUAGUUACCUUUGCACUGAUAGUUAUGUUUCUCCUCACUUUCUGAGCAUUUCUUCCCACGAUAUUGAAAUCUGUCCUCAUUUUUCCAAUUAAAUUCACGUUGGUAAGAGUUUUUCAGAAAUCAAGGUACUUGCAAAAAAUCUUGCUGUAAGUGUCAACGGUUUACGGGCUGGUUCGGCCCAGUUCCAUGACUGGCGGGGCGGAGGGAUUUCGCAAAAUCCGUGCCUCUGGAAAAGGGAGGCAGGGGACCCCAAAAUAAUUAAAAACAGCGGCAAGGAUCUUAGGAGAAACAAACUAAUUUACUAAAUACGGUAUCGGAAUGCAAGAUAACAUACAAUAAUAGAAUAGAAUUAGAAUCAAAGCCAAUAAAUCAAGUAUAAUGAGAGAAAGAGUAUAGGAAAGCUGUAGGCCUUACAGUAGUGCUGAGGCAAAGCAUACGGUCAGGACGAGAGCCGAGGGAAGAAAAGCAUCAGGUGACUUUGCCAGAGGUUGUCUCUCCUCUCUGCCCGCAAAGCCCCCUGGGGAACGUAGAUCUUCUUCUCUUCCGGACAGCUGCUCGGAACUGGAGUGUUAACACCUUAACUCCCAAUGCACUACCUGAUGUUAUGAUGUUGAAUACCAGUAACCAAAAAUCAUAAAACCGUGACAAUAAGACAGUUCCGCUUAUAUGAUUAGCACCCAAGAACAAACUGAAGCAUUAUUUCCAAAACAGCAGAUAAUGUCCCUGCACUUCCACAGUGAAAAAUGGGAAAAAAAAACGAGUAUGCUUCAUAUAAAAACCACCCCUAGAGAAGGGAAUUGUCUUUGAUUAUGCAUAUCUUGGCAACUCUCACACAGAGAUAUAUAUUUUUAAGUAAAUGAUAGAAGAAUCCUGAAUACAGUGAAAAAAAAUUAAAUAGAACCUAAACCAAAUUGACCAGCCGUAGUCAGGGCGUGAUACGCGUUGAUUAUUUUGAAUUGCCAGAUUUCCAUUUUGAAUCUUUUGGAUCACAUAAUUCAAUUUCAGGAUCCCACUGGGAACUAUUCUUGAGCUUGGACUCAGAGGGCAAAGUUGGCCUAAAGUGUGCCCUUGACAUCAACUCCCAUAGGGUUAUAAAAAAAAGUAGGAUUAGCCAAAUAAAUCUUGUCAAAUUUUCUCUGAAGCUUAACUAGUAGUCUGUUGCUGUCUUUGCAGUUCUCCUGUGUCCCUUCCAACAAGACACAGUUUUUACGCCGUGAAGAAAGAGUUUGUGGGAGUCUAUUUUGCUAGCCCAUGGAAGACAAACAAAGGAAGGAAAACAUAUUUUCAGUAGAGUCGAAUGCAGACAAUAUACUAUUUUGUCUAACAUCUUUAUUGUACGGACCUGUGUUUGAAUUUUGUAUUGGGGAUUAUCCCUGUAGUGAGGUCUGCCCUGUAGGAGAUUGACACAGUGAGUGUCCAUCUCUUAGACCUCAUAUGGAUAUCUCAUCUUUACUAACCCUGUUACAUCAGGUAAAGUAAGUAUCAUAUGGUUGGACUGGAUGAUCCUGUGGGUCUUUGCCAACCUUGGUGAUUCUUUGAUUCUGUGAUUCAGAUGCAAGAUUCAGAAUCAUAGAAUCAUAGAAUCACAGACAGGCUUAAGUUGGAAGGGAUCGUGGAGAUCAUCUAGUUGCCACCGUCCUGCUGUGGAGAGGGUUGCCAUGCCUAAUAAAACCUAAGGAAGUUCAAGAAGGCCAAGGGAAGGGUACUGCACUUGGGUCGGGGCAAUCCCAGGUACUUAUACAAAGUGGGGGAAGAUCUCCUUGGGAGCAGCCCUGCGGAGAAGGACUCGGGGGUCCCAGUAGACGAGAAGCUGGACACGAGCCAACA